CGGCACUUCCGGGAGCGGCGCGGGGCGGAGGGGAACAUGAGCUGGAUCCCGUUCAAGAUCGGGCAGCCCAAGAAACAGAUUGUACCCAAGACAGUGGAGAGAGACUUUGAACGGGAAUAUGGGAAGCUGCAGCAAUUGGAAGAUCAGACCAAAAAACUUCAGAAGGAUAUGAAGAAAAGCACAGAUGCAGAUUUGGCCAUGUCCAAGUCUGCAGUGAAGAUCUCCUCAGACCUGCUGUCCAACCCCCUGUGUGAGCAGGAGCCCUCGUUCCUCGAGAUGGUCACGGCCUUCGACACGGCCAUGAAGAGGAUGGACUCCUUCAACCAGGAGAAGGUGAAUCAGAUCCAAAAGACAGUCAUAGAGCCUUUGAAAAAGUUCAGCAGUGUCUUCCCGAGCCUGAACAUGGCAGUGAAGCGCCGGGAGCAGACGCUCCAGGACUACAAACGCCUGCAAUCCAAGGUGGAAAAAUAUGAGGAGAAGGAAAGAACUGGCCCUGUCCUGGCCAAGCUGCACCAGGCCCGGGAGGAGCUGCGCCCGGUGAAGGAGGACUUUGAAGCCAAGAACAAGCAGCUCCUGGAGGAGAUGCCCAAAUUCUACAGCAGCCGCAUCGAUUACUUCAAACCCAGCUUCGAGUCGCUGGUCCGGGCGCAGGUUGUCUACUACACGGAGAUGCACAAGAUUUUUGGGGACCUGACGGCGCAGAUCGACCGGCCCGGGCUGAGUGACGAGCAGCGCGAGCGCGAGAACGACGCCAAGCUCAGCGAGCUCCGCGCCCUCUCCAUCGUGGCCGAUGACUGAGGCCAGGCUGGGCGUGGGGAGGGGAUGGGGAUCCCCCUCUUUCAGCCCAGCUCCCCUCCCAGGGAUGGACUUGUGGGGCUGGAGCUGCUCCCGUCACCCCGCGGCUCUGCAUCGUCCUUGUCAGUCCACAAAUGAGUUUUGCCUUAAAGUUUGGGGUGUGGAGGAGCAGGAAAGGGAGCGAUCCUAAAGAUGGGGAGUGGGAUGUGAGGUGCUGGAUUUUGCCAGGUUCCAGCCUCCCUUGGUACCCCCAGAGCCCAGAAGGUGAGACCCCCCACUCCUUCCCCUCAUUUUGUGCCUUAGUAGCCCAGUGGGCCCCUCAGGGGAGGGAAAAAUCACUCAAAUCCCAUUUUUUGAGGUACAGGGAGAGGGUGAUGCUUCUCAUAGUGAGCAUCCAUCCCUCUUUUCCCAGGAAUGCUCCAAAAAGUCUGUGCCCCAGAGCUGGGGGGUGCAGGGUGGGGACAGGAGACCCCAGAGCAGGGACAGGUGGGGACAUCCCUAAGGGAGACAACCCAGCCAGGAGCAAACCAAUGGAAAACUGGGGGGGCUUCAGCCCCUCCUCGGUGGGUGGGAAGGGCCGCAGGGACUCCGUGGCGUGUCCCCAAUAAAGUUUUCGGCAGCACGGCCGGGCCUGUGUCGGUGCCGCUGUCACCACCGGGGCCGUGUCACUAUCGGUGCCACCGCCGGGGCUGUGUCGGUGUCACUGUCGGUGCCACCGCCGGGGCCGGGUCGGUGUCGCUGUCACCGCCGGGGCUGUGUCGGUGCUGCUGUCACUGCCGUGUCGGUGCCGGUGUCGCUGUCACCGCCGGGGCCGUGCCGGUGUCGCUGUCACUGCCGUGUCGGUGCCGGUGUCGCUGUCACCGCCGGGGCCGUGCCGGUGUCGCUGUCACUGCCGUGUCGGUGCCGGUGUCGCUGUCACUGCCGUGUCGGUGCCGGUGUCGCUGUCACCGCCGGGCCGCUGUCGCCCUCUGCCGGCGCCCGGCCGCCACUGCAGGGGGACACGGGGGGCUCGGGGUGUCCCUGGAAGGAAAAACUGGGAUCGAACAUCGGCGCGGGAAGGAAACGGCCUCGAAGCACCAGGAAUGGAGAUUUCCAGCACAAUAGAGGCAAUUUGGGCUUUUAAGGAUAAGGAGAGGCUGCCUGCUGUGUCCUGGGGUGAGCGGAUGCUGCUUGGGAUAAGGGGUUGGGAGCCCACCCUGGAGAGGUUCUGGUGGGCAUGACAAAGGUUCCUUCUCUGCCUUGGGGUGCUCCUGCUGCUCCAGGUGAGGGCACACGGCUCCCAACACCAGGGAAACCAUCACAUCUUCCUGCCAGGACGUGGGCUUGGCAAACCUGCACGAGACAGGGAACAGGGCUCAGGGGUGUCCUGGGAAGCCCAGCAGAAAAUGGGGAUGGAACCCCUAAAAACCAGAACCUUCCCUUCCCAGCUGGAGCAGAGCUGUAGGAGUGCUGGUGGCUGUCCCCAGUGCAGGGACACAGCGAGGUCCCCCCCAGAGCAUCCCGUGCCAAGGCUCCUCCCCAGCUCCCAGCAUGGAGAACUUCAUCCCUCCCUCUCCCCUUGGCUGUUCCUUCCCAACCACA